AACAUUAAAAUGACGUCAAAUAUAUUUUAAUGUUUGCCAUUUUUAUUUAGUUAAAUGUCUUAAAGCCAAGUUGUAAGCCAAUCACGUUAACCCGCCUCAGGCAAGGGCCCAAUAGCAGGAGACCUCUCAUUGUUGUAGCCAAUCAGGUGUCUCGAGGGGCGGGUCCUACAGUUAACUUCACCUUAGCUUAAUGCUAAUUAGCCACACAUUUUUGUAAACACGCCUCCUCGAAUGUAGCCCCGCAGAUGUUAACACGGAGCUGGAAGUUACAGCUCUUAAAGAAGGGGACAGAGUCGGGGGCUCGGUGUUAGGUGGCGGGGAGACGAGCUGUCAGUCAGCCCCGCGAGACAUGGAGAAACUCGGCAAGACCAACCCGGCAGCAACCGCCAACAUUUUCUCAAAGCUUUUUUUCUGGUGGCUGAACCCUCUGUUCCGUAUCGGAUCCAAGCGCAGGCUGGAUGAAGAUGACAUUUUUGAAGUUCUGCCAGAGGACCGGUCGGAUCACCUGGGAGAGGAGCUGAAGAGGCUUUUCCCAUCAGGGGUCGCCACAGCGAACAAAUUGCAUGGUAAACUUGGCAAUGUUUCACGCCGGAUGCCCUUCCUGACGCAACCUUCUCAAAGCAACCGGGUUUGGGACCGGCACAGAAGUAGAGAAGGGAACAGAGAGCAGCCCGGACCCUGGUUUCACGGACGGAAGGCGCUGCAAACCAGCACGAGCUAAACCGGCUCCCUAUUGUGAUGAAAUGAGUUUCUUUGGAACUAAAAACAACUAUUUAUUUCUUAGAAAUUCUUUAAGAUACAAAAAAUAAAAAGUUUAAAUAUAACAUUUCUUAAUAUGAAAGUCAGUUUAUUUAGAUAUUGUUCAUCCCCAGUAACUCAGGGUUUAUUAUAAUUUAUGAAUCAAUUGAUCAAUAAAAUUAGCAAAAACUGUCUUCAGUGGUUGAAAUAAUGAUGUAUUUGAUCAUUUUAUCAAGUUUAUUGUCAGUUAAUCUCUAAUAAAAUGGUUAUUAGCAUUGCACACAGUUUUACUUCUAUCAUAUCUUCCUUCCUAUUUGAAGGUUUUUGAAUGUUUAGCCUGGCGACCUCUGACCUUAUCCCAGUAGCAGGUGAGAUUCUGGAGCUCCACUGAAUUUUCCUUCUUGUCCUCUGGCGGCAGAGCCGACCCGCCUUUGGUGAUCUCAUCCAGCAGCAGGAACUCCUUCAUGGAAAACAAUGGAAAUCGGUUCUGUAAAAAGAUCUGAAGGAACCCGAGUUUAAGAACCCCCCAAACCCAUCAGAUGUUGUCUUCAAAAAGCAGAAAAUGCGGACGUUUAAAGAGACGUUUUGACCUCAAAUGACCUUUUGCUUAGUUAACUGGAACCCAUAAACCUGAGAAAGUGCUUACAGGUGAAGACAAAGGUUCUGGAUCCUUAUCGCUGCAUGUGCUUCAACCUGCACUAAAACUUUACGGCUUCUUCUUUUCAGGUUAGAAAACUAAAGUGGCCUUUAGGACUCAGCUGAGCUCUUCAGAACCACAGCUGCACUUGCUUUAAUGAGUCAUGCAGAAGGACCGGUUAACUAUUUUCAGUUUUACUCUGGACUUUAAAACGGCGGUGGCGGGCUUGGUGGGUGAGGGGGGAACGCAGUUAUGGAUUGAAUCAGGCUCACGUGUUUACGGAAAAGCUUCAGCCUGCAGGAAGCGCUGUGGAAACACUGAUCUGAAACUGUUCAAGACGAUGAAAAAAAACCCAAAUACGACUGGCUGAGUUGCUAGAAAGUCACGAGUUUAAAAUAAAAGUAAAAAUCCAAUCCUGGUUCUUACAGUUCCAUAGUUCAAAUUUGCUAAUCACCAAAUCCACUUGGCUUCCUCACCUGAAUCCUUCGUAAUUUCCGGACUA